AUGGAGUACAGCGCUGUGACGUUGGAGAGUUUCUCCGAGCUGGAGAAGCAAUGGAUGCACCACUGUCAAGCAAAACGGACGCGUGUUCUCAGCAUCGACGGCGGCGGAACCUCCGCCGUCGUCGCUUCCGCUGCUUUGGUUCAUUUGGAAGAGCAGAUCCGAGAGAGAACAGGUGAUUCCAACGCUCGAAUUGCUGAUUUUUUUGAUGUUGUUGCUGCUACGGGAAUCGGAGCUCUUCUAGCUGCAAUGAUUGUUGCGGACAACGGUUCUGGCAGACCUCUGUUCUCCGCCUGCGACUCUGCUCGGUUCGCGAUGGUGAAUCAAGCAGAGCUGUUUAAGGUGAGAGGUGUUGGUGUUUUCCGGCGACGGAAGAGGUGUUCUGGCCGGAGUAUGGAUAGAUUGUUGAAGGAGACUUUCCGGCGUGGAGAUGGUAAGGAUUUAACUCUCAGGGAUACUUGUAGGCCUCUCCUUGUCCCCUGCUUCGAUUUGAAUAGCUCCGCGCCGUUCGUGUUCUCCCGUGCCGACGCCUCCGACUCGCCGAGCUACGAUUUUGAGAUCUGGAAAGUGAUUCGCGCUUCAUCUGCAACACCGUCGAUGUUCAAGCCGUUUAAGCUUUCGUCUACCGACGGAAAAACCUCUUGUCUGGCUUUGGAUGGAGGAUUGGUUAUGAACAAUCCUACUGCAGCUGCAAUCACUCACGUUUUGCACAACAAACGUGAUUUUCCGUCGGUGAAUGGAGUCGACGAUCUGGUGGUGCUCUCAAUCGGUAACGGAGCGUCUAGCAAUUUCACGUCGGAGAAGAAGCUCAAUCGCGGCGGCGACUGCUCGACUGAGUCAGUCGUCGGUAUUGUCCUCGACGGAGUCUCCGAAACCGUCGACCAAAUGCUCACCAACGCAUUCCUCUGGAAUCCAAACGAUUACGUCAGGAUUCAGGCCAGCGGCGGAUGCAAAACCGCGGCGGAGGUUCUGGCGGAGAGAGCAGUGGUGACGUUGCCGUUUGGCGGGAAACGGUUACUGACGGAGACUAACAGACGGAGAAUCGACGGCUUUGUCCAACGCAUCAUUCCACCGGGAAAAAUUAGACAAACACCGACACCGUCUCUUAACACCGUAAGUUAACGGUCGUUACUAAUGCCAAUAUUCCCCUUUCCGACUUACCAUUUCAUUUAGCUUCCGUCUGUUAACGGGCCUAUAUGCUCCCGC